GAAACACCCCUUGCAUUUCUUGAGCACGAUACACAAAACGGUGAAACGACCCUUUUUAGUUAAAUCAUGGCACCGUCUGCAAAGCCCAAGCCGGAAGCCAAGAAGGCGGACAAAGGUGGCGCUACAAAGGCGCCAGAGAAGCCCAAGAAGGCGGCGGAAAAACCAGCUGCUGCAAAAGUUGAGAAGAAAGUGACGGAGGAGAAGAAAGCCAAGGAUGUUAAGGCAAAGGUUGCCACUGCGGCUAAAGUGGAGAAGGUUACGAAACCUACAGGAGCUGCCAAGGCUGGUGCUGAGCCCGUAAAAGCUGCAGCUGCUACAAAGAAAGCUGCUCCCGCUAAGGACGCCAAGCAACCAGCUAAGGGUGCUGAGGCUAAGCCCAAAGCAGCCCCAAAGAAGGCUGAUGCUCCAGCAGCUAAAAAAGCUGCCCCAGCUCCCAAGGAUGAGAAAAAGGCAGAAGUCAAGAAAACUGAUGCACCUGCAAAGAAGCCUGAAACAGCCGCUGCACCCGCAAAGAAGCCAGAAGCUAAACCAAAGGCUCCUGGUGAUAAGCCCAAGGAGAAGGGUGCUACGGGUAAGGCUGCUGCAAAGGCGGUGAAGCCGAAAAAGGAGAAGAAGGGUGUUCUUUCCUCUGUGGCAACAGCUUCCGGGAAGUCCGGGAAGGUGACAAAGAAGCAAUUGCUCCGUGGAAAGGGUAUCAAGAAGAAGAAGGUGCAGAUUCACUACGGCAUCGAUUGCACCAACAUCGUCGAGGAUAGCAUCAUGGAUGUUGCUGACUUUGAACGAUACCUUCUUGAGCGCUUCAAGGUGAAUGGAAAAGUGAACAACUUGGGUACGAAUGUGACGAUGGAGCGGCAAAAGAUGAAGGUAUUUGUGAAUUCGGACAUCCAUUUCUCCAAGCGGUACCUCAAGUACCUCACGAAGAAGUACUUGAAGAAGAACAGCCUCCGCGACUGGAUCCGCGUGGUGUCCAACGAUAAGGAUUCCUAUGAGCUGCGGUACUUCCGAAUUAGCUCAAAUGACGACGAUGAGGAGGACAAUGAGUAAACCAACAAGCCUUAUCGUCAUCUCUACAAUAAAAACUCCUCCAAAUGUUGCGUGAUCCUAUCCAAUAAAUAGAAUAUUGCGUGACAGAACAAAAA